GCUGCUGCGCCGAGGAGCUGCUGAGCUGGGAGAGGCCGCUGCGCAGCCUGCUCGCCUUCGUGGGCGCCAACCUGCUGUUCUGGUUCCUGGCUUUGACCCCGUGGAGAGUGUAUCAUCUGAUCUCAGUCACGAUACUGGGCCGCGUUAUUAUGCAGAUAAUAAAGGAGAUGGUUUUGUCGAGGACAAGAGGUGCCCAGCUGUGGAGAAGCCUCAGCGAAAGCUGGGAAGUUGUCAAUUCCAAGCCAGAGGAAAGACCCAGACUGAGCCACUGCAUUGCAGAAUCAUGGGUGAACUUCAGCCUGUUUCUCCAAGAAAUGGCUCUGUUUAAGCAGCAGAGCCCCGGCAAGUUUUGUCUUCUGGUCUGCAGCGUCUGCACAUUUUUCACCGUCUUGGGAAGUUACAUUCCUGGGGUCAUUCUCAGCUACCUGCUGUUGCUGUUUGCGUUCUUGUGCCCACUGCUCAAGUGCAAUGAUAUCGGACAGAGACUCUACAGCAAAAUCAAGUCAGUUCUGCUGAAACUAGAUUUUGGAAUCGGAGAAUAUAUUAAUCAGAAGAUACAUGAAAGAUCUGAAGCAGAUAAAGGAAAAAGUCACAAGGAUGACAGUGAAUUAGACUUUUCAGCUCUUUGUCCUAAGAUAAGCCUCACUGUUGCUGCCAAAGAAUUGUCCGUGUCGGACACAGAUGUAUCAGAGGUUUCCUGGACAGACAAUGGGACCUUCAACCUUUCCGAAGGAUACACUCCACAGACAGACACGUCUGACGAUCUUGACCGACCUAGCGAACAGGAGAUUUUCGCUCGAGAGCUUUCUGAAUUUCCAUCUCUGGAGAAUGGCAUGGGAACAAAUGAUGAAGAUGAGUUGAGCCUUGGUUUGCCUGUGGAGCUCAAGAGAAAAAAGGAACAGGUGGAGGCGGGCCACAGACCGAGCAGAGAGAGGCAGUCAGUGGCUGGGCUCACUCUCCCUCUGCACGGUGACCAAGCCAUCCACUUGAUGAGCGGUCUCGCUGGGGACGUCAUCACAGCCGCAGUGACAGCAGCUAUUAAAGACCAGCUCGAGGGCGCACAGCACGCGCCUUCCCAGGCUGGCCCGAGCCUGGCAGAGGACACAGACACUGAAGAAGGGGAUGACUUUGAACUGCUGGACCAGGCAGAGCUCGAUCAGAUAGAGCGGGAGCUGGGCCUUACGCAAACCCAGGAGGCAGAAGUACAGCCGAAUAAGAAGGCUUCCGGGUUCCUUUCCAAUCUUCUGGGAGGCCAUUAAUCUGGGAAAUCAGCAUGCAAUAGAACACAGAUUAAACUACCAAAAGAUUUCAAA